UAGAUUUCUGUAAGCUUCUUCACUCUCGGAAACUCAAUAUAGCGCUGCAAUCGUAGAAUCUCCGACCAGGCUACGCUCGAACAUUUAAACCCCUCGAGUCUCAAUCUUUCUUCCCUCACACUUGGGCCAUUGCUCGGAAGUCAAAACGUUCGCCAACCUUCUUCUCUCGUCCCAUAAUACCUACGCCGGCCGUCGAUCCUCUCCUUCAGGAGGACCAACGGAAGCACUCUACGUUUUCUAGAUCCAAAGUCUUUGAGCAGAAGCUAAGAGUUUUCAACAUCUACUCAACAAAGUAACUGUAUCACUCAAGACCAAUUUGUGAUCAAACGUUAUGGCUCCUCACGCAGACGAUUCUCAGGGCUUCCCCGUUGAAAACGGGUCUGCUAGCCCUGCAACAUCUGCCGAGCUCUUCACGGUCAAUUCUCCAAAUGUCCAGUACACUGACAGCGAAAUCAAAACCAAGUACACAUACCGUACUACCGCUGUCACCAAGGGGGCCGAUGGCAAAUAUGUUGCCGCCCCCAAGGAAACUGUGUACGACUUCAAGGUUGACCGUAAGGUUCCGAAGACCGGUAUGAUGUUGGUCGGCUGGGGUGGGAACAAUGGGACUACUGUUACCGCAGGUAUCAUCGCCAACCGCCGUGGCCUGACUUGGGAGACCAAGACUGGCAAGCAGGAGGCGAACUACUACGGCUCUGUGCUUCUCGGCUCCACAGUGAAGCUGGGGACCGAUGCUCAGACUGGCGAGGAGAUCAACAUCCCCUUCAACAAGAUGCUACCCAUGGUGCACCCCAACGACCUUGUUAUCGGUGGUUGGGAUAUCAGCAGCAUGAACCUAGCUGAGGCUAUGGACCGCGCUCAGGUCCUGGAGCCAACGCUCAAGCAGCUUGUUCGCAAGGAGAUGUCUUUGAUGAAGCCUCUUCCAAGCAUCUACUACCCAGACUUCAUUGCAGCCAACCAGGAAGACCGUGCUGACAAUAUCCUUCCUGGUUCCAAGGCUAGCUGGGAUCACGUCGAACAGAUUCGAAAGGAUAUCCGCGAAUUCAAGGCUGCCAACAACCUGGACAAGGUCAUCGUUCUGUGGACUGCCAACACCGAGCGAUAUGCUGACAUCCUGGAAGGCGUCAACGACACUGCGGAGAACCUUCUUCAGGCCAUCAAGAAUGGCCACGAGGAAGUUGCUCCAUCUACAGUCUUUGCCGUCGCUUCAAUCCUUGAGAAUGCACCAUUCAUUAACGGUUCUCCUCAGAACACCUUUGUUCCAGGAGCUAUCCAACUUGCUGAGCAACACAAGGCCUUCAUCGGUGGCGACGACUUCAAAUCUGGUCAGACCAAGAUGAAGUCCGCUCUUGUUGACUUCCUCAUCAACGCCGGUAUCAAGCUCACAUCCAUUGCCAGCUACAACCACCUCGGCAACAACGACGGCAAGAACCUGAGCUCCCAGAAGCAGUUCCGCUCCAAGGAAAUCUCCAAGUCGAACGUGGUUGACGACAUGGUCGCUGCCAACACCGUGCUUUACAAGGAGGGUGAACACCCAGACCACUGUGUCGUCAUCAAGUACAUGCCCGCUGUCGGUGAUGACAAGCGUGCGCUCGACGAGUACUACGCAGAGAUUUUCCUUGGUGGCCACCAAACCAUCUCGCUGUUUAAUGUCUGCGAAGAUUCGCUUCUCGCCUCUCCACUGAUCAUCGAUCUCGUCCUCGUCACUGAGAUGAUGACUCGUAUCCAAUGGAAGGCCGAGGCCGGCAACUACGGUGGCUUCCACAGUGUUCUGAGCAUUCUCAGCUACAUGCUCAAGGCUCCGCUUACGCCACCUGGCACUCCUGUCGUCAAUGCUCUCGCCAAGCAACGCGCUGCUCUUACGAACAUUUUCCGCGCUUGUCUCGGUCUUGACCCGGAGUCUGACAUGACUCUGGAGCACAAGCUGUUCGCUUAGACUGGUGUCAAUGUCAAACCGGAUGUUUUGGGAAUAAGCUUUGCGGGAUGACGGCGGGUUUCCCAUGGGGUAGGAUCAGGAUCUCUUAGACCGAGCAACCCACCGUAUUCGCUCUUUAGCUAGACAAGUCUAUAGAGGCUAGCAACAGAAUGAUACCUUUUCGUAUCGCCGAAAAAAAAAUUGUCUUCCGA